ACCAGUUUCAACUUACUAUGCUCAAGUCCAGGCAACAUACAGGCAGGGGAAAUGUCUCUUCCAAGGUUACUAGAAGUAAACAUCAGAACAUAUGACAAUUCCAUUCCAAUCAGUGAAUCAAGCAGAAAAUCAUGGAAUCAAAAACAUUUUGCUUUGACAUUUCCCAAACCACCCCAGAGAGGUACAAAUGAUAAAUCAAGACUUUUGAAAUCACAAAUAACAGUUACUAGGCAUGACCAAAGAAAACUAGAGGAAGGCCAGAAACCAGCUCAUGGAUGGAUAAGGCAUUCUUUAAGAAAAAUUUUGCAACGACCACCUAUUUACACAGCUGCCAGGGAACAGACUCCAUUCAGACAUCUUUAUGCUUCCAAAACCCAUCUUAAAAAAGCAGAAUAUAAGAACUCCAAAGAUGAAAAAAGAGGAACACCUUUGAAGAAAGAUUCCAAGAAAAAAGGAGGCUCAUAUGCAACAAAUCCAGAAUCCAAGCAAACAGUAGAAGAUGAGAAAACUAAAAGACAAAACGAGGCAGAUAAAACUCCCUUAAAAUCAUCACAUGAAAAUGAACCAUCUAAGAAGUCAAAACCCAAUUCAGAAACAAAUCCAGAAUCCCAAAAUUCUAAGACAGUCUCAAAAAAUUAUUCACAAAAAGAUAAGAAAGAUUCAAAGAAUUCCAAGAAGACGAACACUAAAUUCAUAUAUACAAAGAACAAUCCAAAGAAAGAUUUGAAGAGGUCAAGGACUAGUAAUGAUGCCAUAUCAGAGAUUUGCUCAGAAAAUAGUUUAAAUGCUGAUUUCCUCAUGUUAGUGGGAGAGUCUGAUGAUGAAUCCAUACAUUUUGAUACAUGCUUAAGGAAUUAUUCACAGAAUAAUUCAAAGAAGCCUGCAAAGAAGGACACAAAAAAGAGUGCAAAGAAAAGCUCUGAUGCUGAAUCUGAAGACUCAAAGGAUGUUAAGAAAGAUUCAAAGAAAGUUAAGAAAGAUGCCAAGAAAGAUGACAAGAAAAAGAAUGUAAAGAAGGACACAGAGUCUACUGAUGCUGAAUCUGGAGACUCAAAGGAUGCAAGGAAAGAUACAAAGAAGGAUAAGAAAAAUUUAAAGAAAGAUGACAGGAAAAAGGACACAAAGAAUUACCCAGAGUCUACUGAUACUGAAUCAGGAGACGCAAAGGAUGCAAACGAAGAUUCAAGAAAGUCAAAGAAGGCUUCAAAGAAAGAUGACAAGAAAAAGGAUGCGAAGAAAAGUACAGUCUCUACUGAUUCUGAAUCUGAAUUGGAGUCAAAGAAAAGUCAGAAAGAUGAAAAAAAGUAUAAAAAAGGUUCAAAGACAGAUAAUAAAAAGUCUGUCAAGAGUGAUGAAGAAUCUACUGAUGCUGACUCUGAACCAAAAGGAGAUUCAAAAAAGGGUAAAAAGGAUGAAAAGAAGGGAAGGAAAGAUUCAAAGAAAGAUGACAGAAAGAAGGAUGCAAAGAAAAAUGCAGAAUCUACUGAAACUGAAUCUGAUUUGGAGUUAAAGAAAGAAAAGAAAGACUCAAAGAAGGAAAGGAAAGGUUCAAAGAAAGAUGUCAAGAAGGAUGCAAGGAAGGACACAGAAUCUACUGAUGCUGAAUUUGAUGAAUCUUCCAAGACAGGCUUUAAAACAUCUACACAAAUCAAAAGUUCAGAUACUGAAUCUGAAGAGGCACUAUAUAAACCUGGGGCUAAGAAGAAAAUUGAUGAAUCGUAUGGCAUAUCUGCAAAUUCAAAGCUGGAAGGACUGGAAUUAAGGAGAGGAUUCAGAAUGUCAUCCAAAAAGACUACAUUCAAGGAAAAAGGAGAAAAGGCAAGUAUAGGUAGAGUUCCUCCAUCAAGAGAAAGACCACCACUCCCUGCUUGUGAGCCUUCUCUACCAUCACCAAAAGUCAAACGUCUUUGUCGGUGCAAGAUGCCUCCUCCACCUCCAAAACCAAGAUAUGCUCCUUUGCCUGAAGCACCGUGGAUUCAUAAGCUGCUUUAAAGAACAACUGAGCACUUGGUUUCACAGAAUGGCCUUACCACAGUAAGCACCAGCUACUCUCAAAUGAGCAUUUCUACCUCUGUGGAAUUGAAAUAAAAACAAGUCUUCCAUGAGUA